AAUUUAAUGAAUGACAUUUUUGUCCAUUUACACCUAAAUUGUCCUAAAACUCUUCCUUUUGAAAGCUUGUCGCAAAAGUCAUUUAAACUUUUUUUUUAACCUAUUUUUUGCAAUUUCCCAAAAUACAAGAAGAGAGUUGUGGUAUUUUGCAAAGAUUUUAGUUCAUUUGGUGGAUUUAAAAAUAGCAAAAAACUGUUUACAUGGUUGCCAAGUUAGCUGAAACUGUCCUUCCCUCAACUAUCGUAAGCCCUUCUUCUUCCCUAAACCCUAUACCCCAGCAGCCACUUGAGCACUGCUCCGCUACCGCACGCUGUGUUCUCAGCUGCCACUGUCUCAGCCUUCCGCCGUCACUAUCUCUCAUACUCUCUCGCUUCCUCCAGCAAUCACAACCACUCAUCUUUGUUCUCUUUUUCUCAGUAACCCGCGCCGUUGUUCAGACUCUCAGUUGGGGUUUGGCUAAUAAUUCAAAGCAAUGUUGCGAAGAAACAUUCGGCUGAGGAGGGAGUAUUUGUACAGAAAGAGUUUAGAAGGCAAGGAGCGUUUGCUAUAUGAGAAAAAGCGGAAGAUUAGAGAAGCCUUAGAAGAGGGAAAACCUUUUCCUACUGAACUCCGAAACGAGGAGGCAGCACUUCGUAAAGAAAUUGAACUUGAGGAUGAACUCACAGCAGUCCCAAGGACACACAUUGAUGAUGAGUAUGCAAAUGCUUCAGAAGUUGAUCCUAAAAUUUUGAUAACUACAUCUCGGGAUCCAAGUGCACCUUUGACACAGUUUGCAAAGGAACUAAAAAUUGUUUUCCCCAAUGCACAAAGAAUGAAUCGUGGUGGUCAGGUGAUCUCAGAGAUCAUAGAGACCUGCCGUGCUCAUGAAUUUACAGAUGUUAUUUUAGUUCAUGAACAUCGUGGUGUGCCAGAUGGUUUAAUUAUCAGCCAUCUUCCAUUUGGUCCAACUGCCUAUUUUGGAUUGCUGAAUGUGGUUACAAGACAUGAAAUUAGGGACAAAAAGGCUAUGGGAACGAUGCCUGAGGCCUAUCCGCACAUAAUUUUGAACAAUUUUACCACGAAGUUGGGUGAAAGGACGGCCAAUAUCUUAAAGCAUCUAUUUCCUGUGCCGAAGCCAGAUACCAAACGUGUGGUUACUUUUGCUAAUCAGUCUGACUAUAUUUCAUUCAGGCAUCAUAUUUAUGAGAAGCAUGGAGGUGCCAAAUCAAUUGAGCUGAAGGAGAUUGGUCCACGGUUUGAAUUGCGACUGUACCAGAUAAAGUUAGGAACUGUGGACCAAACGGAAGCUCAGAAUGAAUGGGUGAUUAGACCAUAUAUGAAAACAACCAAGAAACGUGACUUCCUCGGUGUUUGAAAAACGCAGAUCGUAAUCUAAUACUAAUAUUUGUAUUAAAGUUUAUUAUAUUUUCUUGGGGUGGUUUGGGGGUACCAUAUUUUGUCUUAGAUUAUUUAUAGAUUUUAGUUGAAUUAGAAAGGCAAUUUUGUUUUUGACACAAUGAUCGAAGAGACGGGUAUGAUUCUUUGCAAACUUCAUCAUAGUGUAUGUUGUUCAGAUUGUUAAUGAAUUUUUGUCCAUA